AUGGUGCUGAAUAGCUUCUGGCAGCGCGACGAUGUGCUCACAAGCUUUCAAAAUGCACCACCCGACAGCUGCGAGGGGCCCAAAGUUCUGCUGCUCUCGCUGCAAGAUGCGGCCUCCGGGACGAACUUGACCCGGGCGAACCACGUGCUGUUGGUGCAUCCAAUGCUGGCAAGUACACAUCGCCUGAGCGUAGCCUAUGAACUACAAGCGCUGGGUCGCUGCUUGCGCCUGGGGCAACGCAGGCGUGUCUGCCUUUGGCGCUUUGUGACCUUGGGCACUGUCGAAGAAGAUCUCUCCUACAGGCAUCAACAGGAGCUCUGGCAAAGUCGUCCCGAGUUGAUUCAAGCUCGGGCUGAGGCCCGCGUGGCCCGUUCGUUUCAUGAAGACUGUGAGGCCGAAGAGGAUUUGGAUUUCGAUGACCUCUUUUGGUGA